AUGCAAAAAUAUCUGGGGUCCCCCCAACAACAUUUCCAUUUUGGGAAGGUAGAGGUAGAAGCUGGGCAGUGUGUAGAUGAAUACCAUGUAGGGGUCUUAAGACCGGAGCCACCUUGUAGAGUGGGGCUACACACUUUCCCUUCGGGGUCACGCAAGCUGUCUCCGUUGGCACUCCGUGGGCCACCCACUGUGGGGGCAAGUUACCGAGACUAUGGAGAUCUCCUCGAGGAGGAGCUAGGCACCACGCCGCAGUGGAUCUCCCCGAGCAGGGGCCCAGCGGAGCGUCUCACAGUCCCACAGGGUAGAGAGUGGGUACUGACUGCCCUUCGGGGUACGCAAGCCGCUCCGCUGGCACUCCGUGGGCCACUAGCCGUGGAGGCCUUGUUCCUCUGGCGAGGAAGUAAGUGUGGCCAAGUGGCCUCUACAGCUGUUACAAUUUUGUAUGUAGAAUACGUAGGAACCAUACUGGUUUAA